UCGGAGCCCCCCCGGGCGCCCUUCCCCUCCCGUCCCUCCGCGGCCGGAGGGUUUUCUCCCGCUGCGGCCGCCUCGCUGCCCCCCAGACAUGGUAGGGCACCUCCAGCUGCAAGGGAUGGACGAGAGCCUGAAGGAGAAGAGCCGGGAAGGCUUGCUGGACAGCCCGGACUCGGGGCUGCCCCCCAGCCCCAGCCCCCCUUUCUACUCCCUCUCGCCCGGGGGCGGCGCGGACCCCCCGGCCCCGGGGCAGCGGCGAGAGGCCAAGGACGGCAGAGGGAUGCCUUACCUACUCCUGAACCCGUCCAUGUCGGAGAUAAGACCUCGAAUGUACCCCGUGUUUUUUGGAGAAAGCAUUGAGGUCAACCCUGAGCCCGUGCAGGAAAUUAGGUGUAAUUCUGAGGUGAAGUACGACUCUGAGAAGCAUUACAGGGAUGACAUCAUCUACGGCCCCAUCCCCACCGUCACCACCUACAGUGAGACAGUCAUUGCUGCGCCCAACUGCACCUGGCGGAACUACAAGUCCCAGCUGAUCUUCGAGCCCCGCCAGAAGCCACUGAGGUUUCAGAGCACGACCAUCAUUUUUCCUAAGCGUGCCAAGAACAUUUACCGGACCACCCUCAACUACAGCUUGGGCUGUGCCAAGCGCUGGUUUUCUUCCAGCGUGCAGCUGGAACUCUGCGAGGAAACCAGCCCAUGCGUCAUCUACAGUGAGACCCUCUGAUCCGCCCCGCCACGGGCAACCUUGUGACCUCAAGGAGGCUGUGGCCUUUACUGGGCCUCUGGCUGGGCCCUCACUGAUGACGACUGAAUAUUAAUGGCUGGAGGAAAUGUCAUCUUGGGUGAGGCUGAACUGGCUGGGAGGAGGCUUGCAGGGUAUGGGAUGGUUUUGAUCAGUGAAAGGCUGGCUUAAAUUUUUCGACGUUCCUGACAUUCGUGAUCUGGAUUUUAUUUUGUUCUUUUUUUUUUUUUUCCAAGCAUAUCUACUUUUGACUUAUGUUUUAGAUGAAAUCAAGAUGACAGAGAACCCCAUUAUCCAUUGCAGAGUGCUGUUUUGUGAGCUCUGUACAUCUUGUCUAGCACAUAGGUGAGACUAACUGUAGCCUUCAGAAAUAUUUUGGUCUCUGCAAAGAGAAGACCACCUGCAAAGUGGUGAAGACCAGCCUGCCCAGCACACACCAAGCCAAGUCUCCUGGAGUUCAAAUGCAGAUUAUGUUAAUUGUGUCAAUACUUCACGACCUGCAUCCAACAACUCACCUGGGAGAUAGCUGCAAUAUUAUACCACUGCAGUACCAUCAGGCCUAACUUGCUUGAGGCAGUGGGGACUGUCGCUGAGAAAAAGGAGGAAAGCAGGUGCACAGUGCUCUUGCCAGCAGCUAGAUGCUUAUGUACUAUGACAGGGGAUGCCACAAGCAGGUAGUUGGAGAAAGGCCUGCCCUGACCCACAGCCAGCUCUUAUGAGAGCCCAGCCUAAGCAAGAGAAUGCAGAGGAGACUGAGGAGAGGAAAAAGCUGUGGUGCUAUUUUCUAAAAGUAUCCAAAGAGUUUAGGAGCCCAGCGCCCUUUUUAUGAAAUAACUGGUAGCUGAAGUGUGCCAUGCUGUUUGUUGUAUCUGAUAUCCAAUUUGCAGGGAUCUUUACGUAUUUAACAACCCUUUUGAGUUUCAGGGUACUGCAGAGAGGAAUGUAGCACAGCAAGAUGUUACCUGGCUUUAAAGAAGCUGGUACAGGGUUAACUGCAGAGCAAGGUUGCUGCUCAUCCUCUCAGGAGUUUCCAUACCUGUCAUAGACAGCUUGGCUGAUUGUGGAGGAGCAUCCAGACUGUCUUAAGUAUAGCCAGUAGUAUUGAAGAGCCAAAAUCUGUGCAGGAUUUUCUUAAUCAGCCAGGUUACAGCAGUUCACAGGUACUUUAUGGCUAGCUGAGCUGUCUCUGCAACAGGACCAAGAAGCAUAGGGACAACAGUAGUCACUUCAACCAUCCUAAGGUAAACCAUUCCCGCUGAUGAAUCACAUCUCCCAGUAUUUUUUUAUCUUGGUAGCUUACUGAAAAAAGCAAGAGCCUACUAGUAACCUUUGGAAAUGAUACAGAAUUGUCUCCAGAAAUCUUACCAAGAAUUUUUGCAUGCUGCUCAGAAGAGACCAGACUUAGAAAAUAACCAUAUAGUUCUGGAAAUUAAUUUCCAGCUUUCGUUCUUCUAAACUUUCCAUGUUGUUUCUGACUUGAUGCAAGUCUGAUCAAGUUAUUUCAGAACACAGCCAAGCAGCCAAGUCAGAAAACCUAUUAACAAUGUCAACAAGACAUAGCUGAUUGCCCAGAACUGUUGACGCACAAACCCACAGUGAUUUAUAUAUAAAAAACAAAAAAAAACAAAAAAAACCAACAGCACCACACAGUCUGGCAAACUUUAAGAAGAAUUAAAUAGUAACCUGCAAAGAUACUUUUUCCAUCAGUUUCAAAAGGCAACUGGUAGGUGUAACCAGAACUGUGACCUUUAUGAAACAGAGCUUUCUUGUUUAAAAUGAAGCUGAAUUUAUAUCUACCAGAGGUAAAUAAAAGAUUUUUAUACACAAACUUAAAUCCUGACAACAUCAUUAGUACUGAAAGAUGUAAGCUGUGGCAGUGGUGAACUCUGACUCUAUCAUGUGGGAGAUGGGCCUUGGUAGAGAGCGACGUCUCACUGGAUUUCCAAGACCCAGCUUCUUGGUUCAUGGAUAGAGACCUGCCCAGCCAUGUGGGCCUUCCCAAGCAGAUGAGUCUAUCACAGACUCCCUGUUUUUCCAGGAAUCCUGCCACGUAUUUAUUUUGCAUGACAGACCUGGCUUCAACCUUUCAGCAAGUUCUCUCCAUCAUGUGCAUGACAGAACCAGUGUACCAGGUUAAUCUCAUGAGCUUUUUUAUCUUGGCUAACUGCAGGCUUCUGAGUGCUUUGUCUGCUGUUCUGCUUUCUCAACGUUGGCUACAACUGAAAAACAACUCAAAAAACAAGUGUGCAAAUAGACCUAAACCACAGCUUGGUCUUGGAUCACAUAGGGACAGGGGUCACUAAGGCAAAGUCUCACAGGUGCAGGGUCCCCACCCUCUCUGACCAGACUGUUUUGAAUCUUUAUGCUUUGUUUUCUCUGCAAAUAGACUAGAAAUGACCUAACGUACUCCCGCUCCUUCGAGCAUAGGCAGCUUUUUUCAUCUUGCCACGUCAGGAAAAAAAGCCAGCAGGCAGCUUGGCUUCCUAGGCUGCCAACACACAGAGCUGUAUAACCACGGACAGACCGUGGUGGGCUACCAACCUGGGCCACAUCCAAAACUGUGACAUUGCCAAGUAAGUGCCUGAGAGCUGUAGAAACUUUUGAAAAAUAUCAUCUUAGAUGGUGACUCCAUUGGCUGCUUUUCUUGUCAGUAAAAGCUGGCAUUAGAAGGAGACUUUGUUCCUCCUGUGCAAAACCAUAGCAGGUCAGCCCUCACCCUGGCAUGGGCACGGACCCCAUCUCCCUGCCCACUCUCUGUCCCUCUUACUGCCAGCCCCAUGGCUGGGUGAGGCAUUGGGAAGAGUCCAAAGUCGCCUUGCUUGCAAUUUGAAAAAGUUUUUUUUUUGUUGUAUUUUUGCUCCAAGAGCAAAAUUUGAAUUUUGUGUGCGUGUUGCCAAUUAAGAAUUGCUCCCAGGAGCCAAGAAGUGCCUUACUUGUAGUAUGUUUUGUACAUCUAAAAGGAACAAUUAGUUCCACUAGAAAGAUGUUUUUCUUUGAAAUGGAACAUUAUUUAUCUCAACCAACUGAUCUUUGUUCAUCAAUUUUCUCAAAGAUACAAAUGAUAAACCCAGACCAUAGAAAAUGCUGCUUGGAAAGGGGAGUUCCCUUGAGCAGCUGAGACUGUGACUAUGUGAUUUCUCCCAAGGAUCCUAAUAUGCUGGUUGCCCACAGUCCUGCACACCUGAUGGGUUAAGUCAGACUGCCUGUAGGAAUUACUUUCCUUCAGUAGUUAUUUUGGGAUUAGAAGCUUUCACUAAAGGCUUCUGGUUUUAUGUUGUCUUUUUCUGUAAGCUGUUCGUUGUUUUUUUAGGGGGGAGGGGUGCACAAAGGUGAGGGGGUUGCCUUCAUCCCUCCUUUCCUGUGAUUGUUUUACUCCCAAAAUGCAACAGAGAAUGCACGUGUCUGGUGUGCCUGCAUUGCUGUAAUUGCAUUAAGGGCCAAAGAGGGGAACCCUAGCUUAUUAAUGCCUUUUCAGAAUUUACAAAAUACUUUGUACAAAAUGCAGAGGAAAACUUCGACCAAAAGGAUUUAUUGCUUCUUUCUUUCCUUUUUUUUUUUUUUUUGGUUUUUGUUUUGUUUAACCCUAAGCCAGCUCUACUUUUCUCAAUGUGAAAUAGAGACAGAUUUGCACCCUAGGUGCAGACUUUUUGAGAAUGAUGAAAUGUGGUCUGAGUGUUGAUAGCAGUGUUUGAGUGAACUGCUGGUCAGAGAAGUGAGUGCUAUUUACUAUUUAUGUUGAGUGAGUCAUACCAAAAAAAAAGGAAUGGUUAAAGGGUUGAUGAAGAAAGACUUUGCAGAGCAAACUAAGGACUGAAGGCAGCGUGAGUCUGACAUAGAGGUGAAUGGUUCAGUGUGUGAGCACUGUGAGCUAGGAUAUUUAGCCAUUGAGGUUUUAAUGUGCCUUUUUUUCCUGCACAGAAAGGCAUCUUCGCCUUCUUUAGAGCUGAAACAAAGUCAAAUCCCUUCUCUACUGCAGUCGUUCAGUUCCACUGAAGUCUGUAGAUCUCAGAGUUCCCCAGGCUUGUAGGGUCCUCUGCGUACUACACAGAGCUACACCUCUGUGAAGACAGGGGAACACUCCAUAGGAAAUGAUGGAUCUUGGUGCGGGAGAUUCAUGUUUCCACUGGCAGAUAAACCGCUCUCUAAGGAUUACCCCUUUUCUCACAAAUCACUCAGUUCUGAACAUCUCCCCUGCAGCUUAUCAAUAAGUCUUGUAUUUGAUGUCUUGGGAGGCACGCGUCCCUUUUCAGAUACUGUGAUGGCCAUCAAAAUGAGCAAAGUAUCCUGCCAUGUGAAUCGUGUCCUGGACAGGAGGUUGAAAGAUGCUUGAAGGUUAGAGAAGGGAGAACGUAUUACUGGUGGAAAUGCAUAAGGAUGUGUCAUAUUUUUAUUUUUGUAAUUCUGAUUCUCGCAGUGCUUGUAAAGUACUUUACUGUUGUAUAUGUGGUGAUGCAGUAGUUUUCAAUAUCCUUUUAUUUUUGUAUAUUUUCCCCUUCCAUAAUAAUCCCUACCUGUUCAAUUCAUAGAAAGUAAUUUAAGACAACAAAAUUUAUAUCUCAUAAUAAAAUCUCCAAACUGUCAGGCUUGUGUCUCAGUUUCUUUCCCUUUACUUAUCCACUGCCUUUGUGCCUCACGUUCCUUUCCCAUCCAGAGAGAAUGUUCUGGUGUCUCAACCCAUUGCCAGUGGGAUUUGGCCCAGCUGUCAGCUCUUAGGGCAGUGCCCUGAUUAGUAAAAUCUAUUGUCAGGUGGGCUCAGUGAAAUUUAAAUGACUCAAGCAGAGGGCACUGAACUCCUGCUUUGUGCAGAGGCACUUUUGCCAUUCUGGAUUUGAGUGAUUUUACCAUUUCCUCACUCUACAUUUCUUCCUCCCUGCUCAAUUUUUUUUCUACCCAGCUGGUGUUCAGGCUAGAUAAUUCCUUCCCCCGCUUUUCCAUGCCUUAAAGGGCAGGCAGAACCAACAUAAUGCUGAUUUAACGUCCAGGUAUCCACAUCCUAGCAGGCUGUCAGGACCCCUGCUACUUCCUGGCUUUCCAAAUCACGGAGGCAGAUGGGUUGCAUCAGGGCUAAAACCCUGCCUAGCUAUGAAGUACAUUCAUUUUAAAGCCAUUGCUGUAAAUGCCUCAGGCUCACCAGCCAGCUAUUAGUAGAGCUCUCAGCUGUAUUCCAAGACCUAAGAUGUCUGCAGGGAGAAUCUGACACUAAUCCUUAUGGAAAAAGCAUAUUGGAUUUAUAGGGAUGAAGUCAAUAGGCUUGGAUGAAAACAGCUGUUAAACACUAAGGAAUGGAAAGGAGAAGGAAAGCCAUGUUAUGCAAGAGGCUUGCUUCAGGUGCAUGGGAAAUGCUUUUGUCCUCAUCCUAAGUUUUUUGAUAAAAAUUAUGGCUCAACUACUCCUAGGUGUAGGAUGGGAGACAUGCACUCAAGCUCCUUAGGAAUGUCAACAACAUGGAGAAGGCAGGGGAUGUAUGGCCUGGGUGAGUCUGAUGGUCGAAACCCAAGUGCUAGAUGAAGGACAUAUGCAUCCACUCCUGUUAUUUAAAUAAAACCGUAAAACGUGAACGCUGUCCAGUGAAGAUUCCUGAGGUGGCAGCUAAAUCCUCAGAAGCAAAAGCAGCAUUAGAUGCAGGAUAUGUGUUUUGGCAAGCACGCCCAGAUGAGCUAACUCCUAAGCUAGCGGCUUUUACUGUGCCAUUUGGAUGCUGUAAAUUUAAGCAGAUGAAGCUUGGUAUUAGUUUUGCUCCUGGGAUAUUUCAGAGUGCAAUUGCACACAUCUCUGAGGGAUUACAAGCUGCUGAAGUUAUAAUGGAUGGACUUUGAAUUUGGACUAGACACCUUUAUGAACAGAAGGAAAGGUUUAGGAUGGUUUUACAGACGGCACAAAUGCUGCAUGUGAAAUGCCAAAAGCCUCACCUAAAGAAGUUACUGAUAAUGGGCAAAUACAAAUUAAAUGAGAACAGUAAAACCCCCAUAUUGGGAAUCCCAAUUCUGCUCAACAGAGCAGAGCAAAAUAGAUGCCUGUAUCAAA